AUGUCAGCAACACGGCUGCGUGAAACCAUUACUGAAUGCCUCGCUGAUGUUCAAUCAGACUCCGUUGAUGCUCAGCGGAAAGCUCUGCAAACCCUAGCUUCCCUUACCAAGGUCAGUCCCCAGAACAGGAGCUUGCUUGCACGAACAGACGGUGUCGUAUCUACCCUUCUUACCCUGACCAAAAUCUCCUCCUCUAUCAUCAGAAUCCUUGCGUUAUCCAUUCUUUUCAACCUCUCCCUGAACCCUGAUCUAAAGUGGAAUCUUGCAGAUAUGGAAACCAUUCAUCAUCUCAAUUCAAUAAUUCUCUCAACAAGUUCCCCUGAAAUCAACCGGUUAGUUUGCUCUUUGAUUUGCAGCUUGGCGAUGCUAGACAAAAACAAGGCCAAGUUUGGGGUGGCAGGUACUGUCCAGCUGCUGGUUGGUGCUAUUUCAGGACCUCGUUGUCCUGCCUCUCACCAUCUCCUUAGUUCCUUGGCUGAGCUUGUGCAGUUUCAUGGGAAUUGUACAGUGGCCGUCCGUUCAGGAGCAGUCCAAGUGCUCAUUGGAAUAGUGGAGAGCACAGAUGGCGAAGAUUUGGCGGGGACUUCUCUUGCUGUUCUAGGUCACCUAGCUCGGUUCAGUGAAGGAUUGAAUGCCUUAAUAAGAACUGACCAGAUCGUGAGUUCUAUGUUAAAUGUUCUAAGAGGGAGGAGCAUGCUGAGCAAGGAAGGCGCAGCGGAGAUUCUUCUUCGGCUUUUCGACGAAAGUGAAGGUUGCGUUAGAGAUGCUUUCAGGCUGCCAGAGUUCUCGUCUGUCCUGGCUGAUAUUUCAGUGAGAGGAUCAUCGAAGGCACGCGAGAAGGCAAAUCAGCUACUGAAGAAGAUGGUGGAUGCUAACCUUGAUCCUUACACUGAUGGGAACUCCCUGUUUCUCCCAUGGUAUCAAUGA